AAUGGAAGGGUUAGAAAAAGUACGUCAGCGAAACCCCCUUUAUUCUUCUAUAUUAGAGUAUUAGAUCCUUCGCUUAACCAGAGCUUAAGCAAAGUAGAGAUUCAUCGUCUUAUGUAUCUUCAAGACUCAUUCCAAAGAAUAAUUGGAGAAAACUUAUAUAAGAGCGGACCAAUUCAAAGGCAAGUGAAAACCAAACAAUCAAACCCAAAAUUUUCUUACAUGCUAUCUUGCGCCUAACUACUUUCAACCAUUCUACCGUGAGCCACUCAUGAGGGGAGGUGUAACCGGAGCUAAUACGACCGCCUCCGUCGUCGCCACUACGGCAGCCGGGGCAGCUCCUCGCUACGGUGGUGGUGCGGCUGAAUCUCAGUACGUUUCGGCGAAGACGUCUGUUUGGUGGGACAUAGAGAAUUGUCAGGUCCCUAAACACUGCAACCCGCAUGCGAUCGCGCAGAACAUUAGUUCGGCGCUGGUUAAGAUUAACUACUGCGGGCCCGUGUCCAUCUCCGCCUACGGCGACACCAAUCGGAUUUCUUCUUCUGUACAGCAGGCGCUUUCGAGCACCGGCAUCGCACUCAAUCAUGUACCCGCUGGUGUAAAAGAUGCGAGCGAUAAAAAGAUUCUAGUUGAUAUGCUGUUCUGGGCAGUUGAUAAUCCUGCUCCCGCGAAUUAUCUGCUGAUAUCUGGCGAUAGAGAUUUUUCUAACGCUCUCCAUCAGUUACGCAUGAGGAGAUAUAAUAUUCUUUUGGCGCAGCCUAUGAAGGCAUCUGCACCGCUCGUUGCUGCGGCCAAGAGCGUUUGGCUUUGGAUGAGUCUUUCAGCUGGUGGUCCUCCUCUUUCCAGUGGUGAAUCAACUAAACUUGCUAACAGCCACAAUAGUUUUAACCCUGAAAUGUUUUAUAGCCCGAUCCCUGAAAUGGUUCAGUAUAGUCAACCCAUGGUCUUUCGUUCACAAAAUGGUACAUUGGGGAAUCAAAAUUUUCCUAAUUCUGGAAGGAAUGGGGAUAGCAAAUAUAAAGGGAGAAGUAUCAGGAAAACCCCCAAUCAGCCGAGCAUAUCUAGAGCCUCUAGCGUGCCAACAUCUACCAUUCAAGAAAAUAUGAAUAAUGGAUACCCAUACAAGUCGGAAUAUUCACAGACAAUGUCAUUAAAAAGAACACCACACGAGUUUUUUGGUCGCAGUGAGCCUGCUGUUCCUGCUAGUAAGUCUACUCCAAACUUCUUUCCUAGCAAUCAUGACCUUUCAGGAAGUAACAAUGGUAAUUUCGUGGGCGUCCUUCAAAAUCCUCCUCCUCACUCAUUUCGGCCGAAUAGCCUUCCUCCACAACCAGCUUCUGCACAAGGUAAAUCGCUACCCCCUAAUGCACAAAAUUAUGGUUUCGGCCCUGUUCCUCCUAGAGCGGAGGGGCCUAGAUAUUUGGCCCCACAAAAUAUGCCUGAUAUCAGUAAGUUAAAUAUCUCUCAACCCUCCACCCAUGCUCAAAAUCUUUCUAAUGUUCCCCAUCAACUUGGAGGAGAGUUUAAAACAAGCUCUAUCGAGCCAUUGCCUAAUCAAGGUGUCCUUUAUGCGCCGCAAAAGAGCCAUGUGUUGCACAGUGACCAAGCAAGUCUGCAGCAUGUUGGUAAUAGGCGUCAACGCAGUCCUGAAUUUCCACCUCCCUCAUCCUCACUAAUUUCUAGUUCAUCUAGCAAUGGAAGCUGGGGAGCUCAAGGAUGCUCACCACCAUCUGAAUAUGUGCAAGGUCUUAUAGGUGUUAUCUUGCUUGCAUUAAACACACUGAAAAAUGAAAAAAUUAUGCCUACUGAAGUGAACAUUAAUGAUUGCAUUCGAUAUGGAGAUCCAAAACACCGCAAUACUGAUGUAAAGAAGGCUUUGGAUAGUGCAGUUGAGCAACAAAUGGUAUUGAAGCAAAGUUUUGGUGCAAUGCAGUUGUUUGUUGGUAGAAAUGAGAAACCGUGGAAGUGUAUCAAUCCCAUUGGUGGGAAUCCAAAUCAGUACUCAAACAAAACUUGGGAUGGAAUACAAAAGUUUUUAUCAUCCCCUGCUGGACGAUCUGCAAUGAUGGCUUCUCAAUGCAGAUAUGAAGCAGCUCUCGCUUUAAAAAAGGCAUGCUUGGAAGAAUUUGCUUUAGGUGAUACUCUCCAGAUCUUGAAUAUGAUUGUUGACAUGAAGAAAUGGAUUAUAAAUCAUCAGUCGGGAUGGCAACCAAUUACAGUCACCCUUCCGGAGACUAUUACAGAAACAGAAACAGAUGCUGAGACUGCUGAUUGAUCUGAUCAGCAGUGGUUUUGGCACUGAUAGUGGUCCUAAGGUGGUGAAAGAUGGUAAGCACAUUGUGUUUGGAGAAUGGGGGUUGGGUGGGUAAAGAGACAAGGGUCACUUUCACAAAAAAAGAAUACAAAUAAUCGACCAUCAAGGAAACUAGUGAUGGGCUGUGAUAUUUGGAUCAUGGCAAAAGCAAGUAGGAAUAUGUUUUUCAACUUUUCAUGUUUCCGUUUAGUCUUUUCCUUUUUUUAUUUUUAUCUGCUGCAAUUCCAUAUCGGGGAGCUGCAGGAGGGGAAAAUAGUUUUAGAUGGGAGUUAGCCUGGAAGUUAUCAGGAGUCAGGACCAGAGAGGUCAGUUAAGUAGCGAAUCCAUCCUCUGCUUCUAUGCUCUGAUUUGGUAUGCUUACAAGCAGUUAUAUGGUAAAGGCUUUCUUCUCUAUGCAGUUUGUUCGAGUUUUACAGCUAAGGAUAGAGGUAAUCCUUUUUUUCGGCAGAUAUUUCUUUAUACAGUUUGGGUUUCGUAUCAGCCUGUAUAUAUACCAUCUGCGGUAUCUCCAACUGUAUAUAUACCAGUUGGGGUUAUUCAGUUGCUGCUGCUUAAUAGUGGCUGAGAUUGAUGCAACAACAGACCUCAUCAAAGAUGAACUUUAUUUAUGUGAAGCUGGCUAAGCGCUUUGGCAAUCAACAAAUAACAUGGAGUGGGAGUAUGAUCCUGGCGCGAUACGUUGCAAGUAAAUUUAACGUUUAUGGACCAAACUCAUGGCCAUUACUACCGUGAGUGAAAUGUAUUAGCCUGAGCCUUGGAAGUGGUUGUUCUUGUAUCCUUGGUUUCAUUUAAGUAAAUAUUUUAUAGUGUUUCCCAUUGAA